AUGGGAAAGAUCAACCCGAAGUAUCAGAAGACCAGAGCAGUAGCCAAAGAGGUGGGGGAGCUCCUCCCCGAACUUAGACCUGGGGGCACAUACGAAAAGCUGGAUAUCCGUGGACCCGCCUCUAGCGGGGGCGUCGAUUCCGAAUUCUACCAACGAGGCGUCAAGGGUCGAGGUUCAGAAAGAAAACCCAAUGACGUAGCUGUUGUGGUGAAUGACCAAAUAGCUCGCUUGAAGGUAGACGGGGAUCAUUGGGCACGUGUGGAUCGAUACGGGUUAUGGGUUCGUCUCCGUGGAGUGAAGGGUUCCACGUCGAAAGCGCUUCGCCAAACGUUGGAACAGGAGGGGAAAAUCCAUCUCUGUCGCGAGCAGCGGUGUCCGCUUGAAUUGCAACCAACACCCGGUCUACAUUGCAAAGCUUACGCUUCGGUGGAUGCCAAUGGGCUGGUGGAUUUGGGAGCUUAUGCAGGGUGGUCCACCCGCAGGGUGAUCGUCUUGAUGGGUCGAUGGCUACGUAGAAUGGUGCGGGGGCUUAGUCUCUGCGUGUACUAUCUGACGGGAUGGUUCAUUCUCAGACAACUCUGGGCAAAGCGGACGCCACCCAGAACCAUAGUCGAAGGAGCCGUCGUCAGACCCUUGGAUGCGGAAUCUGAAUCUGAAGUAGAGGUACAAGAUGACCCUUGUGAGGCCGUAUUAGUCGGUUUGGAACAUGGAGGCAAACCGAGAGCAUUGGCCACAGACCCAUGUGCAGAUCGGGCUAUCGGAGAGCCGGUCCGGCUCCUGGAGAGGGACAGAGAACUCUCUGACGUCAAAAGGAGAUCCUCCGUCAGGCUUUGCGACCAUCAUCGGCAGCUCUACGUGGCGGCAUGUUCAAGCCGAAAAUGCAGCGUGUUGGCUUGCUACGAACAGGUUGAUGGUGCCAAACAGGGAGUUCCCCUCUGCAAGCACCACCUGACGGACCUUGGUGGUUGUGCUCGCCCUACCCGCAGGGUUAGCUGGACACAUGAGAGAGAUAGCUCCAUUGCACGAUCCGAGGCAUCUAUGUCCGAAGGAGAAUGCCUCACCCCUGCACGAAGAAGCCGCCGGAUCAUCUUUGACGGCGCUGAACGACUUGGGCCCAGGGCUGCUUCGGCCGAUCCUAGUGAAUCCCAGAAGAAGAUUGAAGGCAAGCUUGAGAAGGGCCCGUGCAUGGUGCUCCUCAGACCAAAGUCAUUACAAACCGCGGAGGCCCCACCCAGGUGGACUGCAUGGUUGGGGCGCAUCGAGGGGUUCGCCGAAGAAGGGCGCAGCCAGGAGCUGCUCGAAGUCCACAUCCCUUCCUUGAAGCAAACGUGUGUGAUCCACAGAAGGCUGUUGAAAGGGUCCCCUCGAGACAACGGGGCGGGUCGAAUUAGUAAGCAUUGGGUGCAGAAGUUCCUUCAGCAUACCCAUGACGAAGAAGUCGGCCAAGGGAUAUCGGUCUUGGUCGCGCGCCUGUCCGAAGACCAAGCAGCGGCCCUGAAUGGGAGACUCUACCGGGAGAUCCUCCCACAUGCUGAUGCAUAUUUGCGUGAAGAAGCUGAGAUGUCCGACGACUUUAUGACACCGCCAAAGCCGAAAGUCGAGCUGGAAGAGGGUGCGGGACCGGCGAUUCCACCCUUCCCAGACCUAGAUGAUUCAGAUCGCCAGGGAAGAAUGGAGGCGGCUCGAAGAGCUCUUGACCAGCACAUUGAGGGAGAGAUAGAUUCCGAAGUGUUGCAGACCGUGGCCACUGCCUUCGACCUAGAUCAUGAGCAACUGGCUCAGUCGAUGUAUGCGAGGAAUCACCGCCUUAGCUACUCGAAGCCAACGACACCACCAGGAUUGGGAGCCGACCAAAGCGAAAUGGAGUUUGCAAGAAGACCCGUGACGGCAACUAUGCCAGGAGGAGUGACCGUAAAGCCAGCAGUCCCCCGGCCGGCGAAUCCACUUCUGCCGAGGAGCUCCUCCUCAAUCUCCCCGGUCCAGAGAGGUGGAUUGUCGCUCUUUCCCAAGGGGUCAGGCGGUCGAAACAGUCUCGUGAAACCAGCAUCGGAGCAGAUGCCGGAGGGCAGAGCAGGAGCCACGUUCGGAGAAGCCCUCGGAGACAGCACACAAGUCCAGAGCGCGGACCGCAUCAUUCACGCCAUCGACGGUCUGAGAAGAGCACAGGAUGACGACAAAAACCUCACGAAAGGGACCUUGAGUUCUAUCAAAGAGGCGGAGAAGAUGGACGUCUUCCUGGCACGAGGCUGUGGCACCCUGACCGUUGAACUCGCACCGGGAGUGUACGGGAAGGAACUUUUCCACGCGGGGAAAAGGGUGGCAAAUCACGCUCGCCAUAUGCUGCACUUGAUCAAAUGGCCGGUGCUGAUGACCAACAGGGUCCUACUUGGCAUCGCUGGUCUGUGGUGGGGUGGCAAAGACACACGCAAGUACGCGGAAAACUCAGUUCGUGUGUUUGGAUCCUGCUAUGGUACAGAGCAUAUCCAAGAAAGGCUCGAUUGUCUCCAAGCCCUGAAGGAGGCCCAUGAAGAAGACGAGCAUGCCUUCCCAGCUGCCUACUGCAUCGAGCUCUUUGAGGAACUUGUCGCGGCUUGGUGCGAAGAACUGCGAGAAAGCAGAAGGAAACUCUGCUCUCUGCUGGGGACCGAAAAUCCACGGCUUGAAGACCUGAAGCUGCUAGCUUUGGCGCCGGGAGCGGAUGGGCAAGCAAACUUCCAGUUUCCAAGCAUAUGGGAUCUGGGCGACCCGAACGGAUAUUACCAGACAGUUGUGGUACCCAGGCAGCAAAGGCAAAUGUCGAGGCUGCUCCACAAGCAGCUGCACGACCACAACCUCAAGCAGAAGAAGACAGCUGGUCCAGCUGAAGAUGAAGAGCCAAGGACAGGGAAAGCCCCAAAGCUUAACCUGAAAGACAAAGAGGCCGAUGGAUAUGCGGGCGGCAGCAUGAAAUCAGCCUACCCAGCUGGAAAACGGCUUACACAAGGAGAAGCUUCACGGUCCGUGGAGCACGCACCUAAGGAUCCCAAGACCAACAAACCUAUCUGCUGGGAUGCGGCCACACACAUGGGAUGCACAAGAGGCGACAAGUGCCAGCACGCGCACGAGCCUUUGCCGGGAUUGGCCAAACUUGACUACACAGUUGCCAUGCAGGUCAUUCGAAGAGGAGGACUCAAAGGUGGGCCGAAAAUCGAUCCCAAAGAGGUCGACGGAAGGGUCGCUCAGCUGCGAACCCAGGCAGCGGCGGAUAAGGCCGACAAGAUCCAACCUAGCAAGAAAGCGAAAGUCAAGCCCAAGCCAAAGGCCAAAGCUGGGAAGGAAGCUGAGGGUAAAGCUGAAGAAGACAAGGUUGGGAACACCCAGUGGGUCGCACCUGAAGACUAUGAUAUCCCUCUGACCCAUCUCGAGACUGACUUGCAAGAGGCGGUUCAGGGCCCAGAUGAGGGCUGGCUGCGAAUACCCUCACAACCCACUGAGCAAGAAGCCGCUCCGGCUUGGGAUGACCAGAGCCAAGAGGAGCGGGAAAGGCUGAAACGAUGGAAGUCGCUGGAGGAGAAAGGGGUUCUGGCGGCCUUGGAGUCGCCCACGGAUUAUCUCAGGUCCCAUGUGAUUGCACGCAUGAUGGCAGCACAAGAUGAAGGAUAUGAACUGGAGCUGAACCGGUGUCUCGAAGAUGCGGCAGAACAUGGACAUCCCGCGCUCUCUAAGGAAGCCGGACGUCAACUUGAGCUCCUCAAGCACGAGCCAAAAGCGGGUCACCAAGCGGAUGUCGAAUUUACGCCCAUCACAUGGGACGAGGGUAUUGGUCAUGGCCUGUUGAACUUUCAAGGAAACUUGUCGCAUAUCGGCUCAGUCACGGUCCGUGACUACCAGGAUCGCUUGAACGCAAAAGACAGCGAGGUCCCACUGCAAGACGGGCAGUUGGAAGAAGAGCGCCAAUGCCUGCCUCUUCAUGUGGGUGUCGGGUUAGCGUUGGCCGAUGAUCCAUCUGUAGAACUACGAGAGGCCGUAGCCAGAGCCAACCAGUUGAGAAAACAUCUCUGGGAUGAAGCAGUGGAGGCUCACGCACACCUUGGCGAUCCGCCAGCGUGGAUACCUGAGGGCGAGCACUUCUUGCGUCAAAACGUCCAUGAUUGCCUCUAUCCUCACCACGAGAAAGACUACCGCGCCUUGCAAACCCUCACAGGAUCCAUGCUGCAAGGAUACACGUUGGCGGUCCUCAGGAUUUCCUAUUUUGGUCGGUUGGAGGUCGACUUGCUCCACGGAGAUGAUGCUGGCAAUGGGAAGCUAGUUUUCGUUACCAUCCACCGGGGGCAUAUGCGCCUGCUUCUUCCACAACAGCCCCAGCAGCUGUUGGAUCACCUGAGGACUGCAGACAAGGUCACCAGGGAACUUCAGGUUGAACAUUGGAGGGUGAUCUUGGACCAGAGCAAAGUGGAGGAUCAGAUGGUUCCAGCCAAGUCCCCCGCCUGCACAAGAUGCCAGCAACAGCAGCAAAGGCCUUAUCGUGUUGGUGAAGGAUUCCCGUUGCCACCGGCUUCAUUUGAGUCCUGCUUGCAGGAUGAUCCACAGGCUCUUCAAAACAGCGGUGUGCCUCUGCGAAAAAGGCUCGCCUUCGCCUAUGGGCCAAUUGGUCAAGAGGUGUACGCUGGAUGGGCAGGAUGGACCAAGGGGCUUCAGUACCAGGGGAUCCCGUGCGGAGAACCCAUUGAAUACUAUGAGGACCCGAUCGAGCAAAAGGGCUUUAAGCCGCAGCAUGAUACCCGUGACCCGAAGGUCCGAGAACGAUUGCUGGGAUUAGCUGGUGCUCCACCAGGGCCCGAUGUCCCCAACACUUGGCAGCUUGGAGUCGUUUGUACUUCCUUCUGCGACCACCAGCUGAAGAACGGUGGCAGCAGGACCUGGCAACGCCCACAAGGCGACGGCACUCGUCCCUCUGAAGUUCAAGGAAAUGAAGACGCAGAGUUCGCAGCCGAACUUUGUACGGUUCUGGCGGACAACGGAAGAGUCUUCGCAUUGGAGAGUAGCGCGCCGUCGGGCCGCUACCCCAAGAUAUGGGACCUGCCUUGUAUGCAGAGGCUCCGCCGCCGCACCGGCGCAAAAAUUGUCUCUAUGGCUAUGUGCGCUUGGGGUCUGGGACCGCCUGAGACUGAGGAGGGCCUGUUUCAUCGCAAGCAUUCUUGGUGGCUGGUCUCCCCAGAACUCUACCCAUGGGCCUUGUUAUUCCUUGGUAGGCAGUGCCCAGGAGUCGGCCCGACUCACCAGCACGCACCCUUGAAGGGACCCAGUCCAAUUCCUCAAGUACCUCUCACUCGACUGGCACAGCAAUACGCACCAGCUUUGUGUGCAGCCUGGGGUCUGGUAGUCCGAGCAGCCUUUGAAGAAUGGAGCUGGACAACAUAUCUGCAAGAGCACAGCGUGCUCAAAGCCCUAGAGAAAUGUUGGACCGAACUGGACGCACCCCCUUGGCCGGCUGAUCCAGCCAAUACGUUGGAGCGAACCCUUGGCCAACAUUUGGCACCGGUGGUUGCUGGCCAAGCGGAUGGACCAGGCCUCCCACAUGGCUACACCUGUUCAGGAUGCGAACUCCAACAGAUGGUCUACCCUUGUACGUUUUGUGGGGGGGAGGGGUCUGUUUCCGAUCCCGAAAAGCAAGCUGAGGGGCAGGGCACAAGGGCAGGCAGCGUCGACGACGCCAAUGGCCAAAGCACUGCUGAGAAAUACUUGGAGGUAUGCCAGAGUGCUUACAGCAAGGAGGCAGUGAGAAAAGCCACAGAGGCAGGAAAUGCGUUGUUGAGGGCCGCCGGCUCGGUGCCAAGAGCAGCUGAAUUAGUCAACAAAGCGAGGCUGAGGAAGUAUGGGGAACACUUCCAGAAGGCAAAGGAAGGAGCAUUGAAAGGGCUCAGCCCCCUACACGAGCAAUACUUGAAAGACUGUGUGCUCAAGGGCGUGCCCAGCCGAGCUAAGAGUACCCCCAAGAGAGAGAAGGCCCGAAACCACGGCUCCGUCAGGGGGCACGAGGAAGAGAUGCUGCAGAAGGCAUGGAAAGACGCAUCUUAUGGGGCGGUACUUCUGUGUUCCACAGAGACCGAGGACCAAGAAGAAAAUCGGCAAAUCGACCAGAUACUGACCGAGAGCAAGGUGGCCGAGAGCCCUCUCGGCCGAGUGCCCAAGCAAAACCCCGACAGAACCAUCUCAGCGGAAGGUCGUCCCAUCAACGAUAUGCGAGCCAGGAAUGCUUCGGGCUCCAAAUACGACCACCCACCCGCCGCUCAGCCUAGGCACAGAGCAGUGGUCAGGCAAAGCCUUUGGUGGAGGGUGCGACACCCGAAGGUUCCACAGAGGUGUGCGAAACGCGAUGUGCCAAGGGCUUUCAAGUGGCACUUCCUCAAGCCGGGCGAUGUCCCUGAAUUCUGCACGAGGAUUCUAGGUGUGCUGAUCCUGAGUCUGGUGAUGGUGUUCGGUUGGGUAGGAGCGCCAGGGGAGUUCGUGAUAUGGGCCACCGCAGCCCAAAAGCACCACGGGUCGUUCCGACCAUGCCAUCCUCAAUUCAACGAUGUGGUUCCCUACACCAGCCGAUGGCUGAUAGAUGACGGCGUGGUGGUAGAGCCACUAGUGGGGAAUAGGAUCCAGAGAUCCCUGUCAGCAAUGGAUGCAGCUAUGGUAUCAGUCUGGGGCCCUGGAGCCAUCAAUCUCGACAAGCUCGCCGAAGAAGGCACCCCGGCAAAAUCCCAGCUCCUGUGGGGCCUCCACCUAGACUUUGAAGAACAGGUUGUGGUCCUCCCGGAACCGAAGCGAAUAAAGGCGAAGUAUCUCCUAAGAGAGCCUCAGCUUCAAAGGGGGUGCCAACGAUUUCUACAUCAAGUCAUGGGAAGGUCCAUAGGUGGGGUCAGACAAAGGUUGUCAGCCAUUCGUUAUGCACAUGUUGCGGCAGGAUACCCUGAUCCACUGGUCGGGCGACCUCGGUUGUGGGCAGCGGUUGCGGGUCUACAACGUUGGGAAGGUGCCCCAAAACGAAAGCUCCCUGUUACCCCCAACAUGUUGCGAUGGUUGGUCCAGCACUUGAAAAGUAGCGGUUUAUCAGUUGUCGAUCAAACCAUGAUCAAAGGAGCCCUUCUUACAGGUUGGUUUUUCAUGAUGCGGGCCAGUGAACUCUUGCCCAGUAUCAAUGGAGAAGACCCCAUGAAUAGGGCGCUCCGCCCAGCUGAUGUUGCUUUCUUUUCGCAUGGGCAGCCUACCAUAGCCAACAGAGGCUAA